GGGGAGGGCUGCGGCGGAGCCCUCACGUCGGGACCCGCAGCGGAGCCGCGCACGGCUCGAGGUGGAUUUCCAAUCGGGUUAGCGAUCUCGCUGGCGCAUUGUGCCGGGCGCUGCGCUUAAAUGAAAUGCCACACGUCCCGGGUAAAGGUCACACUCGUGCUCUAAUCCGCGGAGCCGAGCGGCGGCUCUCGAGCCUGCGGCUUCCUCCUCCGGCUCUGGAACGUGUGGCUGGCGGGGAUGCCGCGAGGAGGCUGCAAAAUAACCGGCGAUAUUUUCCCUAUUCUUACCGUUUAUUUUGAAAAAGCACGGCCGUUUCCCACCCCCCCACCCCCCAACCCCCCCCGUUUGAGCACGCGGCCGAUGCCAGCUCGCUGCCCGCUGCCGGGGCUUGGAGACAGGGGACUGAGACCCGAGGCAGGAAGGCAGCGCCUCAGCGCAGCUCUGAGCAGCCGCCCGCAUUUAAGCUUAUAAAUACCGCCCGAGCGCUGCCCUUUAAAUCAAACUCCAGAUGAGGGCUAAUCGAAGGAGAUCGCUACGAGUCCCCGAUCGCUUCUCUCUCCCCACGCCGGGAUUUGCGCAAAUCUACCAAUGAUCCUUCCAGCGGCCUGGAACCGAGCGCUGGGGCCGCCCUCGAUUACCGCCCCCCCCCCAGCCACCCCCCCCAGCCGCAGCGCUGCCGCCGGCCCCGAGGUUGUGCAGUGGAAACUGGCGGGCAGCCAGGCGGGGCUGGAGGUGGAAAGAGGAAAGGCGCCAGAAGGGAACUCGUGCGCCGCUGCGCCGCUCCGCCCGCCCCGCUUCCUGGCUCCCCGCGCCGCGGCCCCGACGGCCGUCCUGCCCCCCUCGACGGCCGCCCCCCGCCCGGCUCCCGGGGCCGCGAGGAAUCGCCUUCCUUCUCCCGCCGCCGCCCGGCACCGGGUUUUUCUCGUUUCCACGCCAAGAGCGCGCGAACAAAACUUGGUGCUGCCGCUGGCGUCGACGGCUGCCAAAAGUCUGUUGACGUUGCGAGGGAGACCCGAACGCUCCCCGCUCUGAUCCGCCGCCCGAGCAGCGCGGUGUGCCCCCGCCUGCCCCUGCGGUGCGGGGCCGGGCGCUCCCGGCUGGGCUCGGCACGGCGUUGCGUGCAGGUCAGUGCUUGCAGGCGCCGCUCACAGCUGGUUUCACACGGCGGCAGGGCUGCGGAACCGCGUGUGCGCGUUUCGCUCUCGCCCCCCCGCGCGCCUCCCCCCGUCGCGCAUCACCGCCUAUAUUUAGCCGCGGAGGGCCCUAUCGGGCAGGCACCUCCCGGAGGAAAUGCCGGUCGCGCUCCGGGGGCUGCGGCGCUCCGGGACGGGCGGUGCGCAGCGGGGAGAGGAGGAGGAGGAAGGGGACAGAGGCAGGGAAGGAGGAGGGGAGGGGGGGGAGGGGGGGAGAGAGGAACGCGGCCUUGCUCUCCCCGCUGCGCACCGCCCUGCCUGCCGUCGGGGUUUCGUAACGGGGCCGCCCCCGCGGAAGGCGGGUAUAAAUAGAGGAGCGCUGCCCUCCUUGUAGCGCUGCGGGCACCCCCGGGAUGGGAGGAGAGGAGACGAAGGGGUGCGACCAGAGGUGCAGCUGCAGUGAUGCGAGGACUGGCACCGGCGGACCUCUACCCCGUCGCGGUUCACAUAGAGUUCACGGGGUGCCGAGCGCACGUGUGUGCCUGGGGUGGCUUUAGGGGAUCGGGCUGCAGCUGGUGACCCCGCGCCCCAAAGGGCUCUGGUGCAGGAGGCUCCUGUCUUCCGGUGCAGUUCUGUGCUUCGUUAGUUGCCCCAGUGCAGGCGCUGCACCUUAUCUCAGCCAUCCGCGUCCGGGGAGAAGCCCGGAGCUGGCCCCAAAAGGAGUGGGGUGCGAGGCUCCCAGCGGUGCGGCCACCAGCCGUACGGAAAGCCUUAAAUCACUCCAGCCAUGCUGCUGCUGCCUCUAUUGAAAACAUUACGAGCGGCGCAUCUGGAAACCAGUAAAUCUGUCCAGAAACCGUCUUUGCAGUGAAAUAACUCCUUCUGAAUGAUAGCGCGGUCUGUAAUCUCCGCAGAUUUUUGUUUCCUCGCAGCGAUUUUUGUGGGCUUCGUUAUUAGAGAGCGAACGGUGCCGGAGAGAGGAGGGUCACGGCGCCGUGCCAUUAAUAUACAUUUGUUCCAGACGCGGAGUUCUGCACAAAAGGCCGCUCCGAGGGGAGAGGGAAGUGUUGGGGAGCGAACGCCGCUCGGGCCCUUCCAUCCCUCCCCACGUGUGCGAAGUAUUGUGCUGAGGCGCAAUCUGGGAUUCUUCCCCAUUAAAUGCCAAAGCCGUCAUUUGCAUAUCCCGGAGCCUAACAAAGGAAAUGAGUUUGCCGGGGAAGCUGCGUGCGGUGGGAGACGCUCCGCGCCGAGCUCCCCGCGGUCAGCCCUGUGCGCGCCGAGCCGCCCGCUCGCGGGCUUCUAUUUUUGCGAGAGAGGAAGAGCCGAGGGAUAUCCUGUGCAUUAAGGCUCCCCCUACUUCUUAACCCGGCGUUCGGCAGCGGGAUGCGGGCUGAAGCGCGGUCGAAAGCGACAACUCGAGCUCCGAAGAGCAAUUAAAAUCUUGCGCCGGAAUAAAUCAUGCGCCGCGCUAAUCCUGUUAAUAAAACGCAGCUUGUCCUGACACUUCGCUCAUGCAGCAAAGCAGGAUUUAAUGCGAGCGGAGGUGGCGGUGGGAGGGAGAGGCAUUCCCUUCACUGCCGGCUGUGGGGACGUGGCUGCCUCUCGCCCUCUCAUCUGCUGUGGCCAGCCCCGGCCUGCUUUGGGAGCCCGUUGCUCCGGCCCCGCCGAGAAUAUAAAACCGUGAAGAAAAGCAGCGAUUUUUUAAGGAGACGUCAUGCUUUCUGCAACCCCCCUGUAUGGCAACGUUCAUAGCUGGAUGAGCAAUGAGAGGGUCCGCAUGUGUGGAAUUAAUGAGGACAGGAAAAUCCCAGUUAACGAUGGCGAUGCACCAAAAAGCAGACUGGAGUUGAGGGAAGAAAACCACCUGAAUCACAGUGUGGUGGAUGCAACUACAGCCCAUCGCAUUGACAGUCUGGCAGCUCUGAGCAUGGACAGGUCUGGACUUAUGCGAGAAGGACUCAGGGUCCCUAGUAGCAUUGUCUAUUCCAGCUUGUGUGGACUUGGCUCUGAAAAGUCGCGGGAUGCUACAGGUUCUAUAACCGGUCUCGGAUUUACUCCUGAAAGAAACCCAGAGAUACAGUUUAAGUCUAAUGCCCCCGAGGCAGUAGAAAGCGCAGCUGUCUCUGGAAAAGGCCCGAAUGGCUUCAGCGCUAUCUACAAAACGCCCCCUGGAAUACAAAAAAACUCAGUCCCGACGGGAGAAACGCUGGGCUUGGACCGCGCCGCGAGCGACAAGCAGAGCCCUCUGGGCGUCAAUGGUGCUAGCUACCUGCGGCUCCCCUGGGUGAAUCCCUACAUGGAGGGCGCGACGCCCACCAUCUACCCUUUUCUUGACUCACCAAAUAAGUAUUCGUUGAACAUGUACAAGGCGUUGCUACCUCAGCAGUCCACCUACAGCUUGCCGCAGCACCUGACCUACUCGCCCGUCUGCACCAACGGUGAGCGCUUCCUCUACCUGCCCCCCUCCCACUACGUUACCCCCCACAUCCCCUCCUCGCUCGCCUCACCCAUGAGGAUCUCGGCUGCCUCGGCGUCCCCAGCCAUCCCACCCUUGGUGCACUGUCCGGACAAGGGUCUGUCGUGGAAGAUGGGCGUCAGCCCUGGCGCGCCGGUCGAGACGCACGCCUACCCACACCUGCCGAACAGCAAGCAGCCCCGCGUCCCCGCCGCCAAGCCGGCGCCCAGUGGCCUGGCGCCCGACCCUGCGCUCCUGCUGCCGCACUCGCCCCGGCCGUCCCCUCGCCUCCCGCUGCCCGCCCAGGUGGGGGAUGCCUACGCCGAGUUCCACAAACACUUCCCCAGCAUCGCCACGUCGCCCUCCUCCUCCGUCCCGCUCCCCAAGCCCUACCUGAACGUGGGUGGCGACUUCCCACCUGCCCGGCUGCCCAACGGCAAGCUGCCCAAGGCCGGUGAGGCUGCUGAAGGGCCAGCACAGGCGGUGCCCCAUGCCAGGAAGGCCAGCCAUGAGCGGAAGGACGGCCGCUCGCCCCCGCUGCUCGAGAAGCAGGCCCCGGCCAAGGAUGUCACUGACAAGCCCCUGGACUUAUCGGCAAAGGUUGUUGAUGCUGAAGGUGCCGGGAAAGUGGAGCAUAUGAAAAAAAUGCCACCGACGGUACUGGUGCAUGGCCGGGGGGGAGGUGGGCCUCUGCUGCCAGGGGGCGAUGCCCAGAAGGAGACCCUUUCCCCUGGGACCUGUCCCAUCUACCGGCCCGAGAUCAUCAGCACGGCACCUUCCUCUUGGAUCGUCCCUGGGCCCGGCCCCGGUGAGGAGAGUGGCAAGAGCGUCACGCUGAAGAACAAGGCGCUGGACUGGGUGAUCCCGCAGCAACGGAGCUCCUCCUGCCCCAGGAUGGGCGGCACGGAGGCGGCGGUGGGCAGCGUGUCAGGGACGGUGCCGGCAGGAGGACGGCCGGCUUCGGCCUCGCCAGCUCCCAACGCCAACGCAGAUUGCGCCAAGGCGGCCAGGAGUGGCGCGGAGAGCACAGCCUCAGUCAUACAGCACGUCGGGCAGCCCCUGGCCGCCUCGGCCAAGCACAGCAAUAAGGUGACCAAGCCCUGCGGCCAGGAAGCCGGCUUCAAAGCCACCGAGAGCACCCUGGCCUCCAGCCCCAUCUUCCUGCCACCCAACGAGGCGUUCCGCUCCCCACAUCUGCCCUACCCCAGGAGUUACCUCCCGUACCCUGUCCCGGAGGGCCUGGCCAUCAGCCCUCUGUCCCUGCACACCAAGGGGCAUGUCUACCCGCACCCGGUCCUGCUGCCCAACGGCAGCCUCUACCCUGGCCACCUGGCUCCCAAGCCUGGCCUCCCAUACAGCCUCCCGGCUGGCCGCAGUGAGUUCAUGACCUACCAGGACGCGCUGAGCAUGGGGAUGGUGCACCCCAUGUUGUUGCAGCACUCGGCGCUGGAGAUGGGCAAGGAGGAGAAGGCGGAGCGGAGGUCGCGGUCCCACGAGCGGGCACGCUAUGAGGACCCUUCGCUGCGCGGCAGGCUUCCUGAGCUGCUGGAGGCUGGUGGCAAGGUGCACUACGAGGUUGCGUCCAGCGAUAAGAUGGUGAAGUUACACCAGGGGUCUGGCCACGGCAAGAGCUCCUCCAAAAGCGACAAGCAUCUCUUCCCAGAGCUCCUGCGGGACGAGCAGGACUCUAAAAGCGAGGCAAGCUUAGCAAAAGCUGGCUUCGCUGCUGAGAGCGGCGGUCAGGCUAACGACCCGACGAAGCACAAGGUAGAGCAGGCAUCUCAGCACAGAGAUUUUCUUGAGUUUGGAAGGAAUAGCGAUCUGCACGACAGCUAUAACUUUAAGCAAGCCCCAGGCUCGGCAUUGUUCGGUUUGAGGAAAGAAGACCUAUCUGCUGUCCAAGGCAAAGAGAGAGUGGCCCUCCAGCCUGCGCCUGCCUUCCUGGAGGCUGCCCACGAGACCGACGGCCCCGCGCUGACUUUUGGCAAAGCGCAGGACGACGCCAAGCAGUUCUGCUUGGGCACCGCUCAGCCCAGCCUCGAACCCAACCAGACCUAUACCAAAGAUGGACCCGAUGACGCAGACUCUGCUGAUGGCAAAAUAUUGAAACCCAAGCCAUCCAAACUGGCAAAACGCAUCGCGAACUCUGCUGGUUACGUAGGUGACCGGUUCAAGUGCGUGACGACCGAGCUGUACGCGGACUCGAGUCAGCUCAGCCGGGAGCAGCGGGCGCUACAGAUGGAAGGAUUACAAGAGGACAGUAUUUUAUGUCUACCUGCUGCUUACUGUGAGCGUGCAAUGAUGCGCUUCUCAGAGUUGGAGAUGAAAGAGAGAGAAGGCCAAACAGCUACCAAAGACUCAGAGGUCUGCAGAUUCAGCCAGGCAGACUGGGAAAACUUGAAAGGAAGCGGUGAAAAGAAGCCAAAGCCUGUCGCUCUGGAAGAUGCCAUUGCUGACCAAAAUGACAGUGACAGAUGUAACUUUGCUAAUGCAGAAAACAACCAAGGUCACUUUCUCGAAGCUCUGGAGGAAAAAGAUCUCUCAAAUGAGAAAUGUUAUUUAGAGAGACAUUCAAUAUACGACAAAGCGGAAGACCAGCCAACAGAAGAGAUUGGCCAACAUCCAUGUCCGCGUCUGGACAGGAAGCGUAAACACUCUGGUGAGAGAGUGCAAAACGAUGGCAGCCAAAGCGAGGGCUUUGUGGACGAGCUGCAGGAUGAAUGUGUAUCAAAGGCAAAAAAGAAGAAGAGCUCCAAAGAUGACUGGCCUGAGAGGGAAAUGACAAACAAUUCCUCUAACCACUUAGAAGAGCCCAAUUGUAAUGAGGUGACCAACCUGAAGGUGUGCAUUGAAUUAACAGGGCUCCAUCCCAAAAAGCAGCGUCACCUGCAGCAUCUUAGGGAACUAUGGGAGCAGCAGGUGUCACCAGAGAGAUCCCCGUCCGGCAAGUUGGGCCGGCAAAGCAGGAAAGAUUUAGCUGAGGCUGUUCAGCCAGAGGCCACUGCAAAGGUCAAAGACUUCACAGAAGAAAGGCACACCAAGAAAAGGUCAGAGGCCAAAAGCAAUAGAAGUUGGUCUGAAGAGUCCCUCAAAACAAGUGACAAUGAACAAGGCUUGCCUGUAUUCCCAGUGUCUCCGCACAUGAAGAGCCUUUCAUCCAGCAAUGCAAACAGCAAAAGGCAGGCUCAGCCAAGCUGCACUCCAGCCUCGAGGUUGGCUGCCAAACAGCAGAAAAUUAAAGAAAGCCGGAAGACAGAUGGGCUGUACACAGACGAAGAGGAGGAUUUCCAACCUGAGUCUCUGCUGCAGAAAUACGCCGAGUGCGAGAAGCCAUCAGGGAAACGUCAGUGUAAAACAAAACACUUGGCACUGCAGGAGAGGAGGAGGAGGUCAUCCCUGACAGGGGAUGACACCACAGAUAUCGAAAAUGCCGAAGAUAAGGUGGCGGUACCGAAGAAGGCGAGGAAGCGCACGGAGCCCGCUUUGGACUGCGACUCCUCACCGGCCAAGCCCUACGAGCAGAAGCUGUAUGAGCGGCUGCAGCCCGCCCCGCCGCCCCCCCAGCCGGCCGCGCUGCAGGUGGCCAGCCCCCCUCCCGAGCCCCCCCCCAGCCGGCCCAUGCCGCCCGAGGCCCGCCGCCUCAUCGUCAACAAGAAUGCGGGUGAGACCCUGCUGCAGCGAGCGGCCCGCCUGGGCUACGAGGAAGUGGUGCUGUACUGUCUGGAAAACAAGGUCUGCGAUGUCAACCACCGUGACAACGCGGGUUACUGUGCCCUGCACGAGGCCUGCGCAAGGGGCUGGCUGAGCAUCGUGCGGCACCUCCUCGAGUACGGGGCUGACGUCAACUGCAGCGCGCAGGAUGGAACCAGACCUAUCCACGAUGCAGUAGAAAACGAUCACUUAGAAAUUGUCCGCCUGUUACUGUCUUAUGGUGCUGACCCAACGCUCGCGACGUACUCGGGGAGGACCAUUGUGAAGAUGACCCACAGCGAGCUGAUGGAGACCUUCCUCACAGAGUAUUUAACUGACCUGCAAGGUCGAAGUGUUGAUGACCCUGGUUUGUACUGGGAUUUCUAUGGAAGCUCUGUGUGUGAUCCGAAAGACGAAUCUGGAUUUGAUGUCUUGGCAAACCCCCCUGGCCCGGGUGAAGAAGAUGAAGAUGGCUUUAGCGAUGUGUUUGAGUUUGAAUUUUCAGAUGAGCCUCCCUUGCCGUGUUACAACAUACAAGUGUGUCUCUCUCAGGGACCGCGAAACUGGCUCUUGCUCUCGGACGUGGUAAAGAGGCUAAAAAUGUCAUCUCGCAUCUUCCGCUGCAACUUCCCCAAUCUGGAAGUCGUCACCAUCACAGAGGCAGAGUUUUACAAACAGACUUCUCUCAGCCAGUUGUUCGCUUGUGCUACGGACCUUGAAGCGUUUAACCCAGAAAGCAAAGAGCUGUUGGACUUGGUAGAGUUUACAAGCGAACUCAAGACUUUGUUGGGCUCCUCGCUUCAUUGGUUGCAUCCACACGAGGACCCUCCCUUCGACAUCCUUUGGUGAACCAACAGGCCGUUUAAUGUACAGUGCUAUAUACAGUUACUUCUUUAUGUAUAUGUGUUCAAAUGCAAUUGUUUCUGUAAAGAAAGGACACUAUUAAAUAUGAAAAUAUCUUUCCUUUAUAUAAGAGAUCUGAAUUCCAGUUGGAUGGAUUUUGGAAGAAUUUUUUUUUAACUUCAGUCAGUUUUUACAAAAUUGUUAUAUAAUGUUUCUUUAAAUGCACACAGGCUUUGGGAUAAGUUUGUUAUUACUUGGAGCAUUUUUUUUUUUUUUUUUUAGAGAACACACCCACACAUUGACUUUGUUUCAUACAAAGCACUGAUUACACAGAACAUACUUUUUAUAGGUGAUGUGAUCAAAGUCAUGUGGCUUGUUUGGGAGAUAGGAUUCGGUAAGGCACUUGGUGAUAUUAUUUUUGUUUUUUUGUUUACAGAAUUACCUGCUUUGGCCAGGUAAGCACUAUUGAAUAUAAUUCAAUAGUUUGUAAUAUAAAUUAAACCAUAUCCAUACGCAUCAACUAAUUGUAAGAACUUUUAUAUCCUAAUUUAAAAGCUGUGAAAUUUAGUUUUCACACAUCAAACCGGAUUGUUUAUAUAUGUUUAAACAUUUUAUGCUCUUUAUUUAAAGAAGACUUUGAACUAUUUUUUCUGUACCUUGUAAAAUAUUGAAAAACUAACAUAUGUUGAAGUUGCUUGAAACUGUACAUAAACUAAAUUUUCUGAAUUGUGUGUUUAUGUUUGAGAUCUGUGUUUUAACUUUGUAAGUAAAUCUCCUGCCUUUGUAUUUAUAUUUUACAAAAAUUUUCUUAAAGGCAAUAAAACUGUUGAGAAAUGAA